AUGGAUCUCAAAAGUCAGCGCGUGAAAUUAAAUGAUGGUCACUCCAUUCCUGUCCUGGGAUUUGGCACCUAUGCACCAGCAGAGGUGCCUAAAAGUAAAGCUGAAGAGGCAACCAAGAUAGCUAUUGAUGCUGGAUUUCGCCAUAUUGAUUCAGCUUAUGUGUAUGAAAAUGAAGAAGAAGUUGGAAAAGCCAUUCAUAGCAAGAUUGCUGAAGGUGUUGUAAAGAGAGAAGACAUAUUCUACACUUCAAAGCCUGGAGAAGCGAUGAUACCAACAGAUGAACAUGGAAAACCACUAUUUGACACAGUGGAUAUCUGUGCCACGUGGGAG